CGUGCGCGAGUGAAGGCGUCGACGGCUGACUGUGCUUACUCUCCGUUGCACUCUCGUCCAGACCACCAUCUACCAUGUCUUUCAUUCGCCUUGCCACCCCAUUGCGCUCAGCAGUGCCCCGUACGGCUUACCGUCGUCUCUCCACACAAACGACCCCGGAGAAGAAAUCCAACAACACGGCACUCUACUUCCUCGGCGCAGGUAUCGCAGGUAUCAGUGGUUACAUCUACCUUACUGGCUCGGCAACCGCGAAAGUCAAAGCUACGAACACCGAAUCUCCUCUCGACCCGAAGAGCUUCAAGGAUUUCAAGCUGAAGGAGAUUAUCCCAUAUAACCAUAACACCGCACGCUUCGUCUUCGAACUCCCCAACAACGAAGCCGCCCUCCUCCCCGUUGCCUCUUGCCUCGUCGUCCGCUCUCCCGAAGACCUCCCCGAAGAUGAUCCCCGCGCCCUCAAAGACUCCAAAGGCAAACCCGUCAUCCGCCCCUACACUCCCGUUUCCCAACCCGACGAACCUGGCGUAUUGACGUUGUUGGUCAAGAAAUACGACAAUGGUGUUGCGUCGAAGUACAUCCAUGAGUUGAAGGUCGGAGAUAAGCUUGCGUUCAAGGGCCCGCUCCCGAAGUACCUGUAUAAAGCCAACGAGUUCGAAGAGGUUGCGCUUAUCGGUGGUGGUUCAGGAAUCACCCCUCUCUACCAAAUCCUCACCCACGCUCUCCCCGACCCCGCCAACAAAACCAAAUUCACCCUCAUCUUCGCCAACCUAACCGAAGAAGACAUCCUCCUCCGCGAAGAAUUCGACGACCUGAAGAAAAAGUACUCGGACAAGUUCGACGUCGUGUAUGCCUUGGAUAAGCCCAAGGAAGACUGGAAGGGCGAGACUGGACAUUUGACGGGCGAAGUAUUGAAGAAGUAUCUCGCGAAGCCGGAGUUGGGCGAGAAGGUCAAGGUGUUCAUUUGCGGACCUCCUGGGCAAGUCAAUGCCAUUGCGGGCAAGAAGGACGGGUACCAGCAGGGCCCUCUCGGCGGUAUCCUGAAAGAGCUCGGAUACAAGGAGGACCAGGUGUACAAGUUCUAGACGUCUGUAUGAUUACUCGGAGUCCUCUAUGGGCGAAUAGAGAAUGUACGUGAAUGACAAUCUAU